UUCACGGAAGCACAUGUUGACGAGGGAUAAAAGUAAAAACUUCCAAACCGUCUGGAUAUUUAAAUCUAUCGAUAUUUAUUCGGGCUUUUGGCUCUUUUAGUAUCGCCCUAUUGUGUUUGUUCUUUUUGUAUUUCAUUACCAACAUGGUUCGACAAAAACGGAGUAUAAAAGUCCAGAGGGCAAAAAAGAAACCAGUCUAUGAUGAAGAUGAUCCUGAAGCCUACAAGGACAUGCCUGUCCCUGAUAAGAACUCAUCACAGUACACAAAAGACAAAAUUGAUGAGUUUCACGAAGACAAGAUCGCUAAACUUCUCGCCAGCGGUGUUCAGAUGGACAGUGAUGAGGAGGAACUGGACGAUGAGGAAGAAGUGAUGGCCCUUGACGAUUCAGAGUCAGAAGAGGAAGAGGAUGAAGGGGAAGAAGAGGGGACUGAUAUGGAGAGUGAUCUAGAGGAUAAAAAACAUGAAGAUCUUCCUAAUGACAUGGCGUGGGGUACCAAGAAGAAACAUUUCUACAAUUCCGAUUAUGUGGCCCCCAAAGGAAAAUUGCAAGAAGAGUUAGAAGCAGAGGAGCAAGAGGAAGAAGAAGAGGCCAAAAAUAUUCAGAAACGUUUAGCUGCAAAUCUGAGUGAGGAGGAUUACGAUUUAAACUUUUUUCAGGAAUUUGCUGUGGAGGAGAAGGAUGAAAGCACGACUGCAGAAAAGCAGGAGAGGAUUGUGAAGGACCUGAAGCAGAUGUCUCACAAAGAAAAAAUGAAACUGCUGAAAAAGGAAUCACCUGAACUCCUUGAACUCAUUCAGGACUUCAAGGCAAAGCUUGCCGAGCUGAAGGAUGAGGUGCAGCCCCUCGUACAAAUGGUCAAGGAUGGAAAGAUCCCUGCAGGAAAGGGUGCUGACUUUCUCAAGACAAAGCAGCAACUGUAUCUCAAUUACUGCACAAACAUCAGUUUCUACUUGGUGCUUAAAGCAAAGCGAAUCCCUGCUCACAACCAUCCGGUGAUAGAGCGACUGCUGGCGUACAGAAACCUCAUCAAUGAACUUGGUGAAGUGGACGCUCGACUUGCGCCGUGGUUUCACAAAUUGCUAGCUGGAGAAGAGGGAGAUAAAACCAGCAACAGGCCUGUAGACGGCAAGAAGACCAGAGUCUCUGUAAAAGAGAAAAAGGACUCUGCAGAAACUCUGUCUGAGGUUAAUGAGGACUCGGACUCAGAUUCAGACCUGGACGAGGAAGCAGCUUUACGCUUCUACAGCGAAGUGGAGAAGCGGGUGAAAUUAAAGAGGAAGAACAAUAACCCACAAGCUGAAGAGCUGGAGAAGAACGAAGAUGAUGAAUAUGAUGAGCAGGAUGCAGACGCCAAGAGAGGAAUCACUUACCAGAUGGCUAAGAACAAGGGACUGACACCAAAGAGAAGGAAAAUUGACCGUAAUCCCAGAGUCAAGCACAGAGAGAAGUUCAGACGGGCUAAGAUCCGCAGAAAGGGACAGGUCCGAGAGGUUCGUCGGGAAGAAGCAAGAUACAGCGGGGAGAUGUCUGGCAUUCGUGCUGGCGUCAAGAAGAGCACCAAACUCAAGUAACCUGGCUCCGGUCCUCUUUGUGCUGGGUUUGAACAAAUUAACAAGCAACUGUUUCAAUAAAUGUUUAUUUCGGGUGAAGCAUUUGUAAAAUCUUUAAUACUUUUAUGACGAUGUGAAUAAACAUUUG